UCUGCUCCUCUCCGGGGCACCUUCUGUCUACAGGCACUGGAACUAGCGACAGUCUCCCUGUGCUGCCUGAUGUCAGAGCUGAGAAAGGUGUCAAGGAUAUAUAAGAGCCAGAAAGGAAGGGGGGAAAGGAUGCUCCAGAGCUAGAUGCAAGCGUGGAAUUGUUGCACGCACACUUCUUGCUAACCAAGAGGGCUCGCUGCCUUCUCCAGACAGAUCCUUGGCCACAAAAAGAAAGUUUGGCAGGAAAGAUGUGCAACCUAAAGCUGCCAGUUUUCUUCAUUGCACUUUCUGUCGCUCUGAGCUGUUUGGAAGCUACACCUAUUGAGAGAUUACUGUCUGUGGCUGAUGAUCUAUCUGAUGGUGCUUCCAAGAGACAAGGAUGGAUGUUGCCUGCAAUGUCACAGAAUACACUCUCAGGACUUAGUGAGGAAAUGCCAGAACAACCAGCAGCAAAGACAAAAAGGCACCAGGUGCAGAAGAGGAAAUGCAACACGGCCACGUGCGUGACCCAGCGCCUGGCCGAUUUCCUGGUGCGCUCCAGCGGCAGCGUGGGCGCCCUGUAUCCCCCCACCAACGUGGGCUCCAACACCUACGGCAAGAGGGACACGCCAGGGCUGCCAGGCUCGGAGCCCCACGGCCACGCGCGGCUCUAGGCCGCCGUGGAGAAGCUGUUUUUGAUGUCUCAGCAACCUCCUGGUGGUUUAUCACUUGUACAGUCUUAGCAGUGCCUUGUUUUCCCUGCGUGUGUGUGAUCUAUGUUCACUGUGCAUGUGCCAUGA